AUGCCAGUAACCGAACUCGCCCUCCUACACCUCCGCUCAGACCCCUCACCAUCAACCAAAAGCACCCUCCUCCAAGCCCAAAAACAACAAACAGAAUACUCUGGCUACCAGGUGACAUACCUGCGCCAGAUCCAAACACCAGCAUCAUUCUAUCUCCUAGGCGGAUGGGAAUCCAUUGAAAAACACACGGGCGAGGGGGAAUGGAUUUCCUCUGAAACGAAUCAGACUCUGCUGGCGCAGUUGAAGGAUAGUAUAGAUGUGGCCUGGAUGUUUCAUUUGGAUCUUGAUCCAUCUACAUUAACCAUCCCCGAUGGGCCGAUCCUCGCUAUAUUUAGAUACUUUAUCCUGCCGGGCAAGAAAGAUGAGUUCGAGGCUAUUUUCAAGACUGGUCUAGCGCGGCUGGAGCGCGAUACAGCUCCGGCUCUCUUCUCUGUCUGCGGUGCGUGGCGUAUUGACAAAGCGCAGGAGGAUGAGUUCGUUGUUUUCGGUAGGUGCAGUCGAGAUGAGGAUGAGGAUUAUUGGGACCUUUUGGAGAUGACUAUUUUCGGAGGGAUUGGGGAUGUUGUUGGCUUAACCACGGGAAGGGAUGUUCGGUAUGUGCGUGUUGAGAAAUGGGAGUAG